GAAUAAAUGUCGAAUAAAAACUAGUUCUUGUAGACAAGAUAUCGUGUAAGCGCUUACAGUCCUUAUUCUGAAUGAGCGGUGGUUUUAUUAAGUUUAACUAGUGAUUCUGUGAACUCCAGCUGACUAGGGCCCUAGGGGGCGAUUCACUGACCGAUCAGUCGAGGAAAUGAAUUGAUACGGUCUGAAUCGGUUAGUCAUCAUCAGCAGACGCAUUUUCGACAAGACGAUACGAGUAAUAUUUAAAAAAUCAAGUCGUGUCCCCAUAACCACAUUAAAUAAUUACUGAUAGUGUCAUUGUUGAGUGUUCUUUGUGAUCGCAUUGAUACGUACGCAAAGAUAAGCGGGCCUGUUUACCGUUUUCGCUAUUUUCUUUAUUACAUUUGUUUUGUACCGACGUCUGAAAUGUGUUUGCGUUGUAUUUUCACUCGUCAUUAAGGAUUCAAGGAUAUAGUGACUGUCAAUGGUGUCAAAUUGUGUUUUUGUGUCGUUGUUGGCUGGCGAUGGCAACAAACAGGAGCGGUGCGCAGCGGCCGAACGGCGCGCCGCAGACGAAGGUGUGCCAGUUCAAGCUGGUGCUGCUCGGCGAGUCGGCGGUGGGCAAGUCGUCGCUGGUGCUGCGCUUCGUGAAGGGCCAGUUCCACGAGUACCAGGAGAGCACGAUCGGCGCGGCGUUCCUAACGCAGACGCUCUGCCUCGACGAUACCACCGUCAAGUUCGAGAUCUGGGACACGGCGGGGCAGGAGAGGUAUCACAGUCUAGCGCCGAUGUACUACAGAGGUGCGCAGGCGGCCAUUGUAGUGUACGACAUAACUAAUCAGGACACAUUCGGUCGCGCCAAGAACUGGGUGAAGGAGCUGCAGCGGCAGGCGUCGCCGUCGAUCGUGAUCGCGCUCGCGGGCAACAAGAACGACCUCGCCGCCAAGCGGAUGGUCGAGUUCGACGAGGCGCAGGCCUACGCGGACGAGAACGGGCUGCUCUUCAUGGAGACGAGCGCCAAGACCGCCAUGAACGUGAACGACAUCUUUUUAGCUAUCGCGAACAAGUUACCAAAGAGCGAGAGCGGUGCGGGCGGGGCGGCGGGCGGCGCGCGGCGCCUCGCCGACGGGGACACGCCGCGCGCCUCCACCUGCUGCAAGUGAUACCCGCCGAGGCAGUGCGAGUGUGUCGGGGGUGGCGCGGUGCGCGGGGGCUGAGUUCAUUCGAAGAUUCACUAUUGGGUGACGGUGCAUUUAAGAUACGUAAUGUUAAGAGAAAAUAUUGUUAUGAACUAAUAAAAUAUUAA